UGACACGACACAUGUUUCAGGAGCUUAUACCCCAGGGAAGCAGUAUUUAGUGGUAUUUGCCGUGUUUUAUGUUCACUCGCGUGUGAACAGCAACAAAGAACGCGGCUGGUCGCGCUGGAAGAAAAAUUUAGUGUUUUUAACGCAGCCCUAAACCACGUGUUACGUUUCCAUAGUCACGUCACAUCGGCUCCACCAUGUUGGAGGAAAUCCACCGCUGCUCCUCACUCACUGUCAGAUUAGAGUUUAAUCCGAGGAGCAGGAACCCGCUGUCAAGGCGCUGUCCGCAUCUUGGAAGGACUCUCCGAGUUUGUGCAUUCUGAAGAAACGCGGCUUCACGUGCCAGAAUCAUUUUUUUUCUACAAUAAGCGGCCUGGACGUAAAAGAUGAAACGCCAGUCUUCCGUUGCUGUCUUUGCCUGUCCACCGACUUGCCAACACGUUAAGAUGUUAGCUGGCUAACUAGCUGAGAAAGAGCAACGUUAACUAACGGUAAAUCGGAUUAACGUUAGCUGCUAACGGCAGCCUCCCUUUAGGUAACUCUUAAUAUCCAGGUAUUAUUUGCUGUGCUUGACGACUAUUACGCAGCAAACGGUUGCCUAUGUUUUUUCUAAUGUUUAUUACAAUUCUACAUUUGUGUCAAAAUAAGUACUUUGUGCUGUAAUUAUUAGCGAGCAUUAAUGUUGCUGCAAGCUAGCUAGGUUAUUAGCCAAUUAAACCACAAUAACAGCCAGAGCUCCUUCGCUAGCUAAUCUUUAGUGUUUGUUGGAAAGAGCAAACAUAAAAUUAGUGCCUCCGACCACAACCGAAAGUCAAGACGGAGCUGACAGUCAGGCUGAUGCGCUAGCUUGUCCUCGAGCUAGCUGGCAAGAGAGCUGUACAAGAUUUGAUCCCCGAAAUUAGCCUUCAGACGAAUCAAAGAUGUCAGGAAAGGAUAAAGACAAAGACAAACAGGAGAAGCAGUCCACCACGGAGCGGCUGAUAAAAGCUGUGCCGUACCCUCCACAACAUAAGCUGACUGUAAAAGAGAUAUAUGAAGAUGGCAAGCCCAAUGCUGAGCUGCUCCGCAACCACCUCGUCAAAGAAGGCAGGGUGGAAGAGGAUGUGGCUCUAAAGAUCAUCAACGACGGGGCUAACAUCCUCCGCCAAGAGAAGUGCAUGCUGGAAGUGGAUGCACCUAUAACAGUAUGCGGUGAUGUCCAUGGCCAAUUCUUUGACCUUAUGAAGUUGUUUGAAGUGGGGGGAUCACCCAGCAACACGCGGUAUCUCUUCCUCGGUGACUACGUAGAUCGAGGAUACUUCAGUAUUGAGUGUGUUCUCUACCUCUGGUCGCUCAAGAUCAACCACCCCACCACACUCUUCCUCCUGCGUGGGAACCACGAGUGCCGGCACCUCACAGAGUACUUCACCUUCAAACAGGAAUGUAAAAUUAAAUACUCUGAACGGGUGUAUGACGCCUGCAUGGAGGCCUUUGACUGCCUGCCCCUUGCUGCCCUGCUCAACCAACAGUUCCUUUGUGUACACGGCGGGCUCUCACCAGAAAUCAACUGCCUAGACGACAUAAGGAAAUUAGACAGGUUUAAAGAGCCUCCAGCAUUUGGGCCAAUGUGUGACCUGAUUUGGGCUGACCCUGGUGAGGACUACGGCAGUGAGAAGACAUCUGAACACUUCAACCAUAACUCUGUCAGAGGCUGCUCGUACUUUUUCAGUUACUCAGCAGUCUGUGAUUUUUUGGUAAAUAAUAACUUGCUGUCAGUAAUAAGAGCACAUGAAGCACAGGAUGCAGGGUAUCGGAUGUACAGAAAAAGCCAGACCACAGGCUUCCCUUCAUUAAUCACAAUCUUUUCAGCUCCAAAUUACUUAGAUGUCUACAACAACAAAGCUGCUGUAUUAAAAUAUGAGAAUAACGUGAUGAACAUACGACAGUUCAACUGCUCCCCCCACCCUUACUGGUUGCCUAACUUUAUGGAUGUCUUCACAUGGUCUUUGCCUUUUGUUGGAGAGAAAGUGACGGAGAUGCUGGUGAAUGUACUGAACAUUUGCUCUGACGAUGAGCUCAUGUCAGAAGUAGAUGACUUAUAUGAAGGUGGAACCUCUGCGAUGCGCAAGGAGGUCAUCCGGAACAAGAUUCGAGCUGUGGGGAAAAUGGCCCGAGUCUUCUCAGUCCUCAGGGAGGAAAGCGAGAACGUGUUAACACUCAAGGGCCUGACCCCGACUGGAACUCUUCCUCUGGGAGUGUUGUCAGGGGGAAAGCAGACCUUACAGACCGCUACGGUUGAGGCAGCUAAAGCGAAAGCCAUUCAAGGCUUCUCUCCCACGAGGAAGAUUCGUAACUUUGAGGAGGCACGCGGCCUCGACAGGAUAAACGAGAGGAUGCCGCCUCGCAAAGACGGCAAGCAGCCAGACCCCGCCACGAUCAACACCAACACCCCUAACAAGAAUGGCACUGAUGGAUAGGCAACAGAAACACCAUCCUACCAUCUUCACACAACCCACACCCCCUGACUCAUAGCCCCCAGUCUCUCUUUCUUUCUGUCUUUCUUUCUUUCUUUCUUUCUUU